AUGCGGAUAUGUCUUCCUAUGAACAAGUGGUUUUGUUAUUGGGAUUUUUCGUUCCUCACCGUUUCUAUUGAGCGUGUGUGGUGGCUGAUCGGGGGCCGCGACGUGGUUGAGGGGCUGCUCGACCUACUCUUGACCGGCUACAAAGUUGCAGACAGUGUCAACGUGGGCCCGGUCGACGCCGCCGGCGCAUCCACGGGGUGCUUCUUCACGCUGCACGAGGCCAUGCGCUCGGGCAUCCUCUACUAUCAGCGCCACAGCGCCAAGGCGCCGCGCUUCUCUCUCGUCGCGCCUGCGCUGCAACUGUGCAGGGUGUGGAUACGACUGUCUCCGUACGAGUUCCCCGCCUCGGGCCCCAUUGACCCGGCGCACUUCGAGCACGUCAUAGCGCAGCGCGAGAGCGCACUCGCCAAUGUCGUUUCACGUUAUGGCAACGGAACGGUGAGCCUGCGGGAAGCCUUUGGGGACGCGGCGUACAUGAACGAUGAGCUGAAGAGAGCCCGGAUGCGGAUGCUGCAUCGGAAGCCGUUGGUGCUGCGCGAGGCGGUUCCCUUUUUUAAGACAUCGGAAAAGCGGAGCGGAGAGGAGAACCCCGGUCGUCACCAGAAGGCCGUUGUCAAGCACGAGGUGGCGGUCGCUGGUUUGGCUACGCUCAUCGACAUCCGCGGUGGUUCCUGCAUUCUGCUCUGUGACGGAGCAAACAAGCUGCCGUGCCCGCACCUGGACGUGAGGUACGUGAGGGGCGAUCCAAGCGGGCCGAAAGAGUUCCUUUUCAGUGUCUAUGCGAAGCGGCUCCUAACGGCAACGAUGCUGGGGUUGAAAUUCGUCCAAAGCUGGUACGAAGGCGUAAAGAAGCAGAUGGUCCUUUACGAAAAGGAGUACCGGGUCAUCUACGUCAUCAUUGCUUCUUGCGACUUUCACGACAAAGUGAAGGACUUCGUCAAGUCGCAGAACGACCUCGUGAUCGUGGAUAAGAACGGGCUGGCGAGCUAUCUCCCGAUUGUCGGCCAACGAUCUGUCCUUCUGAAAUACGAGUUUGAAGCGUAG